AUGGUAUUUGGUAGUUGGGAUGAGGUUGAUAGUUAUUUUUGGAGUUAUUCUAGGCAAAAGGGGUUUGGUAUAGUGAGGGCUGCUGCUGGGUUUUCCAAGGUGAAGAAUGAUUUGGGGGAUGAAACGUAUUGUAAGCAAAAAAGGAAUGCUAAGUGGACUUGCGACUGCUAUGGAAGAUCCUCCAGGAAGCUUAAAGUGGAUGUACUUAAGGAAGGGUUGUUGCAAGAUGAGGAAACAGUUGUGAAACGGAAGACGAAAAAGUGUGGGUGUGAGGUUGAGUUGUAUGCUAGUGUUGAUAAGGAAGGGAAUUUGGUUGUUUGUAGGUUACACUUGGAGCACAAAGGUCACUUAGUUACAUCGAGAAAGGCAAAGGAUGUAACAAUUUUCAGGAAGCAUGAGUUUGUGUCUAAAAAUGGACACUUGGUGAACCGGGUGUGUAAUGCAAAGAAGUCUAGGGUAAAGGUAUCGCAGAUGUAUAAUUGUUUUGCGAGGGAGAAGAACGGAAUGUAUGAGAUGUCAUUUACGCAGAAAGAGAUGGAGAAUGCAGUGGCUGAGAAACAAAGACUAGAGCUAACUGAGGGUGUUGCGAAUGGAAUGAUUGAGUACUUCAACAAAAUGAGUUUAGAUAAUCAAUUUUUUUUUCAUCUUUGUAGGUUUGGGAAAGAUGGUGCAUUAAAAGACGUUUUUUGGGUAGAUGCGAGGAGUAGAGCUGCGUAUGAAGAGUUUGGAGAUGUUGUCUGUUUUUACAGUACAUACUUAACGAACAAAUUUCAGCUUCCCUUUGCUUUGUUUGUCUUUAUGAAUCACCACAUACAGAGUAUACGUUUUGGAUGUGUAUUGAUAUCUCGGGAGACGACAGAGACCUAUAAGUGGGUGUUGAGGACAUGGCUACAUUGCAUGGGAAGGAAAGCUCCUGUCUCAAUCCCGACGGAUCAAGAUCCGGCUAUUAGGAAAAAUGUGAAUAUAACCAUGAGUGACACUUGUCAUAGGUGGUGCAUUUGGCACAUCCUUCAAAAGUUUGCGAAGUACGUGGGUAAGCAUGAGCAAUAUGAUUCUGUGAAGGAUUAG